GUCGUCACUUCCUCAUUUCUGUAGAGCUGCGAGUUUGCUGUAGAACUGCUCUGUUCCCGGAGGUUAAACAACAGCAUUUAGAUUUGGUAAUGAAAAAAGAAUAUUUCUUUGCUGUAACCCCAGAAAAAGGGACAGUAUGAGUGCCGAAGGCUCUAUGGAGGAUGAACCACUAAGUAUACGUGAUUCCCCAACAUUACCAGAGGAAGCAGAGCAUUCUGGGAAUGCAGUGAAUGAUGAAUCAAACAAAGAUAACAACUCCCCUCCUCGUGAGCACCAUCUUAUGACUACAAGAGAACUCCAGCUGUACUGGCAGAAGGAGAAAUAUGACGGAAAGCCAGUUAGGCUUCUUUUUCAAAUCCAUUCGACUCGCAUUGCUGAGGAUUUUCUGUCCAAGUUUGUGUUGUACAAGAUUGUGAUCAUCAAGACAGGAAGUUUUGAUGGAAAAAAAGUCUUCAUUGAACGAAGAUACUCUGAUUUUGAGAGACUUCAUAGAAACCUAUUAAAAGACUUUAAGGAUGAAAUGGAAGAUGUGGUCUUUCCUAAAAAAAUUCUGAUGGGAAACCUCACUGAGGAGAUAAUUCGUAUGAGGAUGAUUGCCCUUAAAGACUACCUUGGCGAGUUGUAUGCUAUAAAAUAUGUAAGGAAAUCCUGUCAAUUUGUUACAUUUUUCAUAGAAUCAGAGUUAGGAGAAGGCUACAGCUGUAUCAGAGGAGGACAGUACAAAAAAGCUACAGAGACAUUGGAACAAGUUCUUUAUCUUCAAGAAAAACUGGUUGAUCAUUGUCCCAUCAUGAUGGUGACAACCCUGUGUGCCCUAGUUGUCUGCCAUAAGGAUAUGGACCAAUUAGAAAAGGCUUAUGAGACUGGAAUGAAAGCACUGGAACUGCUACAGAAACAUCCAAGACACAGAUAUUACAAUCCAUUAUUGGACACUUUGAUUUCAUUAGCAUACAAACUAGGAAAAGACUUCCUGUCUUUAAGAGAGAAAUUUGAAAAUGGGGAAAAUAAGGCCACAAGAAGCAGCUUUGAAGGUGAAAUGAUUACUUUGAAGGAGCUUGUAGUGAAGGAGAGAUUACCUACAGAUUAAUGUUUGCAGUUGUCUGUUAAAUAUAUUUAUGUUUUUUUUUUGUUUUGUUUUUUAUGUCUAAAAUCACUUUUUUUGUAAUGGUUUUUAAAUCCACCUUAUUUUUGCAAAGUGAUCAAUAUUAUCCAUCAUGUAUAAUAGGGAACUAGGUAACACAUGCUUCUGCAGUACACACACCCUGGCUAAUUGAUCCAACUGGACCAAUGAAGAUUUUGGACAAAGCAGACAAUGUAUUUCAGCACAAAAAUGUAUUAAAGGCUAACCUCUGAUUAUUUUCUUUUA